UACAAACACACUUCUCACACUUCCAAGAUAUGCUUGUGGAGUGAAAGUUUUUAACGUUCUUUCAAGAUCAAGCAUCUUUUACGUUUGUCAACGUGCAAGCAAACGCAACAAACACCAUACAUCAAUUACUGGUUAAUCCUUUUGAUUUGGAUUGGGUACUCAUCUUACUCGUACGAAAGAAAAGUAUGUGUAUAGGUUAGAAGCAGCUAAUUUUAUUAAAAGAAAUAUGGAUAUGAUACUUAGCCGAGGUGCUAAAUUUUCGUGUAAUUUAGUUCCUCGAAUAUCAAAACUGCCUUCUACAAUAUUAAGGCAUCCACGAAUUUCUAGCUAUCAAAACACUCAGUUUCUAGGGAACCUUCGAAUCACGUCAUAUCAGUUAAAUAAUUACAGUUUAUUCAGUAAACAACAUAAAUAUGAGCUUGAAUCAAGUGCUUUACCUUGCUGUACAAAAGUUAUCCAGUACAGCACAUCAUCAAAAUCUGAUGUGGCUGCUCAGUCUGCAACCAGUAAGGACUGCAAUGAACCAAAAAAGGUUUCAAUCUUUCAAAAAAUGAAACAGCUUGCAAAAGAUUAUUGGCACAUUUUAAUUCCUGUACACCUCGUCACAUCAGCUGGUUGGGUAGCUAUCUUCUAUACUGCUGCUAAAAAUGGUGUAGAUGUUAUGGGAUUACUUGAAUCUCUACAUUUCAGUGAGAAAUAUUUAGAUAUGUUACGAGGUUCCAAUGCUGGACAUUGGGCAGUGACAUAUGCUCUGUAUAAAAUAUUUACUCCAAUCAGAUAUACAGCUACUGUUGGAGGUACAACCAUGUGUAUUAGAUACCUCAGUAGAAUGGGCUACUUAAAAUUCAAAGAUACUCGACGAGAAACUGCUAAACCUGUUCGUGCGAUCUCUUAUUAUGGAGUCCGCUAAGCAGAAAAUGGCUGACACUAGAGCAUCUUUUGGGAAAUCUAAAGAGCCAAAAUCGUAGCAAAGAGUAUGUAGUUAACCUUUGAAUCAAUUCAUUGUGACAGUUCUAUUUUGAUCUUGUAAAUGUACAUCAAUUAACUAAGGAUGGAGAAUAUCUACAUUUGAUAGAAAAGUAUACUCAUUUGAUUAUACUGUUCAAUUUUACUUUCAUAGAAAAAUAUAUAUAGUUGUACAUAUCAGUUGCUGUUUUUUUUUGUUUUGAAUGUAAUAUAUGUUAAUAGUGAUAAUGUAAACAUUAAAAAAAUUAUAUAUUUAUCCACAUAGAUAGACAAGCAAUAGUAAUGAAUUUAAAUAUUGAAAAGGGCAGAUAAAUUUGAUUUGAAAUUUAAACGGUAAAAAGGAUAAAAUAAAAUGCUUCAUG